CUUUCUCUGGGACCUAAGAAUUUUUUUUGAAAACGUUUAAUGCCUAUUUAAAGGCAAUUUUCCCAAUUUAUAAUAGAAAUACUGUAAUUAUCUCAAAUAAAUGCUUUUAAAAUUGCUUAUUUAAAAAAUUUCGUACUACGUCCCAAGAUUUUGUUCUUAUAUGAAAAAACCCUAUCGAUUUUUUAUCGAAAUAAAGUACAUUGUACGGUUUAUUCCCACGUAGCUAAAAUUCUGAAAUUCUUAUUCCCACCUAGCUAAAAUUGUGAUUUUCACACCUGAGUGAGCAUUGAGUAUAGUCUGUUUUAGGUGUGAACUACCUGUAUAGACAACACCUAGUAAUAUGUAAUGAAAUAUAGUUAUAUAUUCAUGACAAUAUUGAUUUACAGUGUUAUAAAAAUUUCGUAAGAAUUAUCAUUUAUUGAAAUGUUUUAUAUUUAUAAAUUAAAAAUAAAAUUUGAAAAAAAUAAAUAAAACAAAAUUAGAUUUAAAAUAAAACUAAUUUGAUAGGCAUGGCAAGCAAUUGCUUAAAUAAACAACACACAGCAGAGGUUGACGGCUUAAUAAGAUCAUAAUUAUUUUGUUUCACUUAUAAUUGAGAUAAUUUAUUAAUUAAUUGUUAUAAAUAUGAAUCUUCAAUCAAACUGAUGCUUAAUGUAAUUGCAAUAAUAAAUUUCAUUAAAUGCUCAUUCCUUGGUUCAAAGUGUUCUGUCCGAUGUUUUAAAGAAAAUUGCCAUAAUGUUUGUAUCUUCAAAACAUAAUGGAAUAAAAAUUUCUUUGAUAUUUUAUAUAAAAUAAUUAAUAGUCAUUAAAUCCUCAUUUUCAGUAAAUACUAUAAUAGAUAUACAUGUGCUGGUAGUACACGUAAGUACUUUUUUAUGAUCAUUUCACUAAGUAUGGCAAACGCGCUAGUACGGUUGGAUUUUCUAGACAAUGGAAGAGGAGGCUUUUUCCUUCUACAUGCUGGCUACAAGUAUUCCAUUCGGAACAAGUACAACGACAGAACCUACUGGAGAUGUGUCAACAGGCAGUGUCCAGCCACACUGACAACAUGCAACAACAUCGUGGUGGCCUUUGGAAGACCGCAUAACCAUGAAGAGGACUACAUUGGACUGGCGGCAGAGUCCUUCAUCAGUGGCGUGAAGAAGAGGUGCAGAGAGGAAGCAGCACCCAUCCCUACCAUCUACGAUGAAGAAAUAGGAGGACUGCGUGAUUCUGAGUGUGACGACUCGGUGGAGGACAUGAUAAGGAAAAUUCCUACUUUCCAGGCCUGCAAGUCCUCACUCUACAGGAACCGGUCCACCACAACCCCAAAGUUACCCACAUCCCAGGAAGACAUCAACCUCGAGGGACCGUGGACCUGUACUUCGGCUGGUGAUCGUUUUCUUUUGUGUGACGAUACAGAUGAGAAUGGGCAUCGCAUCAUCAUUUUUGCUUCAGAUGCCAACUUGAACCACCUUUGUGCCGCAGACACAGUGUUUAGUGAUGGGACAUUUUAUUCCUGCACCAAACAUUUCACCCAGCUGUACACGUUGCAUGCCAGUGUGAAUGGAACUGUGUUUCCCCUUGUGUUUGGACUUCUACCUAACAAGAGUGAGGCCACUUACAACCGGUUCUUCCGACUUUUGAAGGAUGCCAUUCAGGACCUACAGUCUGUGUUAAAUCCCGAGCAUUGGCUCUUGGACUUUGAAGUGGCGGCAAGGAAUGCAGUUCAGAGGAACUUCCCUGGAACCUCCUUGAAAGGUUGCUUCUUCCACUUUACCCAGUGCAUCUGGAGGAAAGUUCAGGGUUGCGGAUUAGCAGUCAGAUUCCGGGAGGAGGACAGUGUUCGCAUGCUAGUCAGAAGAGCCGCGGUUCUUCCCCUCAUCCCAGAACAUCGUGUGGAGGAUGUGUGGCUAGAAGCGCUUGAGGACAAUGGAGACGAUGACAAUGAUGUUCUACGCUUCAAAGACUACGUGACAGAAACAUGGGUAGAAGGGCAUCUCACCCACUGGAACCAUUACGAAAACGAUGGAUCCCGCACAACAAAUGUAGUAGAGGGCUGGCACCACAAAUUCAAUAGGAUGUGUCGGCGACCCCACCCCAACAUCUUCAUGUUCAUCCAGCUUAUACAGAAGGAGCAAGCUGCGAAUGAAGCCAAGAUGAUUCAGCUAGCUGCUGGUGGUGUUGUGCGUCCAAAGAAGAAGAAGUACCGACAACUUGACAGCCGUAUCCGACAUCUGAAGGACCGACUCCGACAGGGCACCAUCCAGCUGAUGGAGUAUGCGGAUGCAGCUUCUCGUCUCCUUCAUCUGGAGUGAUGUGUCGAGUGA